GCGAAUCGGCCUAAAGUCACAUGAUACCAAAAUGGCAGACAAGCAUAAAUUUGAGAGGAAGAUGUUUUUGCCAUUAAUUAAACAUUUAAACAGAUUAUAAGCAGUUUACUUGCGGCUGAAAGUUAAGAAGAACUUAAAAUGGAUUUCGUUGCACAUUGGAAGAAUUGGAUUCGUCCUUUGGCCAUGAUGAUUUAUUUUAUUUUAAUGAUGAUUGCUGUACCAUUGUGUAUUGUGGAAGUAACCAAUCACCAGAAGGACAAACAUGUGAAGGCUUGGUUUACAGGAGGAGUUUUUACACUACUUGCUGUGCCAAUAUCACUCUGGGAAAUCAUUCUGCAUGUUAUCAAUUAUACACAACCGCAUCUGCAGAAAUACAUUAUCAGAAUUAUUUGGAUGGUGCCUAUCUAUGCUUUAAAUGCUUGGUUUGCUCUGAGAUUCAAGGAAACAGCUAUUUAUCUGGACACUAUCAGAGAAUGUUACGAGGCCUAUGUUAUCUAUAACUUCAUGGCAUAUUUGCUGAGUUACCUUUGGACCCAACAUCCCCAACUGGAAAUUGCUUUACGGAGGAAACGACAGCAAAAGCACAUCAUACCAUUCUGCUGUCUGCCAGUAUGGCCAAUGGGAAGUACUAUGAUCCAGAAUUGUAAACAUGGUGUUCUACAGUACACAAUUGUGAGACCUGUAACAACAGUGAUAGCAUUAAUUUGUGAGCUGAACCAUAAAUAUGAUGAGGGAGACUUUAAUUUCAAGAGUGCCUGGUCAUACCUUGUCAUCAUCAACAAUAUUUCACAAAUUUGGGCUAUGUACUGCCUGGUGUUAUUUUACCAAGCUACCAAAGACAUGCUGGCCCCUAUAAAGCCUGUACCAAAGUUUCUAUGUGUAAAGUUUGUGGUGUUCUUCUCAUUUUGGCAGGCUGUAAUAAUAGCAGCAUUUGCCGAGUUUGAUUUGAUCCCACAGACAGAGUUCUAUGAUUAUAAUGUUGAAGAUAUUGCUAAAGCUUUACAGGACUUCUGUAUAUGUAUAGAGAUGUUCCUAGCAGCUAUCAUGCAUUAUUUUGCAUUCUCUCAUAAACCUUUCAUUGAUCACAGUGCAGAACAAGGAAAUUGUUGCCAGUCCUUUGUAUCCAUGUGGGAUGUUUCUGAUGUGAAGGAUGAUGUUGUGGAACAUGUGAAGGUCAUCUCCACGACAAUGAAGAAGACUGUAAGUGGUCAGUUCCGAUCUAAAGCAGACGACACAGAAGCUACUCCAUUACUACAAAUGGCAUCAGAUGAUCAUCAAAAUCAAGACUAUACUUCUUCAGUUCAGACAACACAAGCAGAUAUCAACCAUUCUGGAUACCAGGCCCAGCCAGAUGCUCUAAGCAGAACUUCUGACUGGGAUGACACAAUAUCAGUGGACAGAUGGCAGUCUCCAAAUAAAAAACAAGGGACAAAGUCUAUAGCAUCAAGCAUGCAGAAUUACCUAGAUCUUUCAACUAGUAUAGAUAACCAGUCUAUUCACUCACAAGGUAUUGAGCAUCCAGAGGAUCGAGAUUCAUUGAGGACCAAGCAUCGUAAUGACUCUGAUCAAACAGCAGACGAUAAUCAGUCUGAUUCAGUGUUUCUUGAAAGCAAUACAUUUGAAAGUAAUACAAAAGCUGGCACAAUUUCAGAGUGUGAAAACAGAACAGUUAUAGAGGAGUCACAAAAAGAAACAGAAGAUUCACUUAUUGACUUCAGUGAAGAGAAAAAUCAAACUGACACAGAAAAGAGAUAGCAAGAGAAACAUUGUGAAGGUGUGAUGGUAGGAACUGUGAUCACAAUCGUCUGCCGUCUGUCUUUGACCAAAUUUUUAUCCUUUAAAAGUUUUUUGAUUAAGUUUACUGCAUAUUUAGAUGCUAAGCGUAAUGAAACGCUAUUCAGAAUAUCAGUAGAACUCUUGAACUUUUACUUUUUAAUUGUGUAUGAAUUUUUAUGGACUUGGGGUAGGUAAGAUCAAUAUGAAAUCCAAUAUUUACUUACUAAAAGAUAAAGAAAGAUUAAAAUUGUCAGAAUAAUUAAGACUAGAGAGUAACAUAAACUUACAAUAUACACAAAUAAAGUUAGGACUUUUAUUGCCUAGUAUUCUGGGACUGUUUGUACAUGUCAUCUUCUAACCAUCUGUGUCUUCAAAUAAAGACAGCAUGAGAUUCUAUAUUGCAUAUAUGUUAUCAGUGAACAUGUUAAAAUACGCCCAAUUUUCUUUCAAUUUAAAGUUAUUUGUUUUAUUGUAUAGAAUGUGUAUUACUAACCAUAUAUUUAAAUAUAGAAACAAUGCAAAAUGUUACAAAGAUAUAAUAAAGCAAACAGGUUGGGUUUCAUCUUAUUCCAACAUUUGAUUCAGCCUGUCCUGCUGCUAUCCACCAUAGGAAGUCCAAGAAAGUCGAAUACAGAUAUUUUUUUCACAUUUGACUGACUGGUAAGUUAAGAAUUCAUUGCUUUGAUAUAUUUGAUCAUUAUACAUGCUUGCCUCAGUUUGCUAGUCUUUGUCCAAUAUUAGUUCAGUAUGAAAUCAAUACCUAAACAUUUAAGUGCUAUCUACAUUUAUCAACAUAUCAAAACGUUAGAUUUCAAUUUGAUUGUGACUAUGGAAGGGCUUCAUUUAAUGUGUAACUAUAUACCAGAGCAACUUGUACUGCUGCCUGCUUACGAUUGAAACCUUAGACUGCUGAAAUCUAUUGCAGCAGAUGUUAAGAAUUCUAUUUUUAGAACGUUACUUUUCAUCUUUCCAUUCCAAUCCAGACUUAUAUCUGCGAUUCUGAUUGCAGUAAGGAACUCAGAUAUUUAUUAUGGUUUUUACACUGUAUGGUACUUCAGUGUGGUAAUAAUCAAUUUGUAUUAACAAAUGGCAAGAUGUAGAUAGUGUUUCAUUAUUUGCGUCGCGCCAUGAGAAAACCAACAUAGUGGCUUUGCGACCAGCAUGGAUCCAGACCAGCCUGCGCAUCCGCGCAGUCUGGUCAGGAUCCAUGCUGUUUGCUAACAGUUUCUCUAAUUGCAAUAGGCUUUGAUCCGCACAGGCUGGUCUGGACCCAUGCUGGUCACAAACCCACUAUAUUGGUUUUCUCAUGGCAUGGCUCAUUUGUUGAACUAGUCUGCUUCAGAGGUAUACAGUCCUAGUGGUUAGAUAAUGAUGCCCUAUUUUCCUCAAAUAUAUGUAAUAUAGACAUGCUAUUUUUACCAGAAAUAGUUUUACACCUUGUCUACAUUUUGCGAUUGUUAUGAUAUGACAUGUAAAGUCUCAUAGUUUUGUAAUAAUGUGCCAUUUAAGUCGACUCUAUCACUUUUGCACAAACAUUUAGUUUCAUGAAAAUACAUUGUUUGCGAAUAUAGGGAAAAUAAAUCCUGUUAAAUUUCUGAUUUUACAGUAUCUGUCGUGACCUUAAUCAGUAAGUAACCAUGUGGUUCUGGGACGAUCUAUGUAUGAAAAGAAUUGGAACCACUGCCUUAACUUUGCAUGAUCGUAAAAGGCGACUAAUAAGGUCUUAACACUUGGUUUUGCUGUAACUCUGUGAUUCCAGCAGGUAUGCAAAUUUUGAUUCCAUACCUCAUGUUUUUAUUCCGAUGUAAAUGAGAUGUGGAACCAAAAUUUGUAGUCCUGUUUGGCGCCAUAUAACCUAUACUGUGUUGGUUCCCCGUAAAACCCAAAUAAAUAAAUAAAUAAAUAAAUAAACAGUAAGUAACCAAAUGUUUAUCAUACUAUUUUGCACAGUCUAUAAAUUCUAAUAUAAAGCUUUCAAAUUCAAUUUGUAAUGAUUGUUAAGCUUUUUACGCUUUUAUCUUUUUAUCUGUUCUUGCAAAAUACUGGGCAUUAAAUUAAAGCUUUAAAUGAAAAUGUAAAAUUUAUGUACUUAAGGCUUCAGACCUAUCCAAAAGUUUAAUGAAAAGAAACUGAUAGGACCUGAUUUUACUUGCUGAAAUUUUGAUUUAUAUUUUAAUAAUUCCAAGCAAAAUAUAUAUAUAUAUGACUUUUUAGCUUUUGUUGAGAAUUGAUGUGAUUGAUGAUUCUUACUAUUUGUACAUGUUUAUAAAUAAAAAUGUCUUUUAAAACUUA